GAUUUCGAUUGCACUACUGUACAUGUUCUAUGCAUAUAUGACCCAACCCAACGAACAUUGCCCACUCGCCACGCGAUGCUCGUUCGAUACUUGGGCCCGAGUAUCGCGAGUCGUGGUCUCACAGCUUCCUAAUCAGGCAGGAGUGCACACCGGGAGCAGGGGCCUAAUGCUAUCAAGCGACCGCCGCUGAUUUGCCCUCGUCCGGGGUCGACAAGGGUCGCUUAUGUUGCUUAUGAGGACAUGCAGAGAGCUACGAUCAAAACCGACAAAGAUAUUGCAGAAUCGUGCGUGCGUCCUGGUCUGCGGGACCAGGCUUCGUACAGGGGAGCUCGCGCCGAGCAAGAGCUAUAUAAUGACGAAUUCCUGCUCAACGGGUUCCCCACUGCUGGUGCACUUUGUCCAAUUCGCCACCAUGGUCCUUUCUCGUGCCUUCGCAGCGGCCUCGUUGGCUUCGGUCGUCGCGGCCACGCCAUUGCAGCCCCAGGCCAGGCAAUAUGCGACAAGUGCUUGCGCUGAGGUAGCAGCUUCGGUUGCCGGUCAGCCUGCGACUCCAGUCCCGUCGGUGGAUGCAAAGUUGGCGUACGACUGCAUUACCAGUGUGCCUUUGCACAAGGAUGAGGCCCUACACUUGAUUGAGGGUGUCGUGCCGUACUUCAGGUGGCAAUCCAGCACCGCGUGGCUCAAGGACCCUCCUGCAGAGUAUGCGGAGAAAAUUCAGCCUGCCACCGACGUCUGGGGUGGCUUGGAAAAGAUCAAGUCCAAGGUUGAGAGCGAGGAAUACGACAACGAGUUUGAGUUCGGCUUCGAUCUGUACACUUUGCUUCAACAAACCCAUGACGGCCACUUCGUCUAUGUGCCUGAUGUUGUGGGCACGGUCUUCAACUGGGCGCGUCCCGUUCCGCUCGUCUCCGUGUCGGCCGACGGAAAAGAGCUACCAAAGCCCUACGUCUACGCUGAUGUGCUGGCCGAGUCCUACGGCAACGCGACAUUUACGCCUUCCGCAAUUACCAAGAUCAACGGCCAGAAAGCCACCAAGUAUCUCGAGGACUGGUCACAGCGGGGCUCCCUACAGGAUCGCGACGCUCUGUACAACAAUGUCUUUUACGAGCUUGCCACAGUGUCUCUUGGUCCCACUGGCUCAGGUAUCGGAACGUUCGCUGGAAGUGGGCGUGGGAAAUGGGUUUACCCCGGCCCAGAGACUAAGCUUGAAUUCGAGAACGGCACCACCACGACUUACACCAACGUUGCACGAGUCCUUGUAAGCCUCAACGGCGUAACCGAUGGUGAAAGCUUGUACCAGAAAUAUUUCAGCAGCCAAGCCACGUCUACUAUCGCGGCAACGCCUUCCAACUCCAGUGUAGCCACCACGACCGCAUCUGCCACGCCCUCAGCAACCACAACUUCCAUUCCCGCGCCAGGCUACCCUCCACCCGUCUACAAAGAACAGCAUAACCUGAUCGGUGGAUACUUCCUGGAAGAUGACUACUCCGACAUCGCCGUGCUCUCAGUUCCUUCGUUCGUGUCUAUAGAAUCCGCAGAAGUCGACUUCCAACAGGUUACUGAGAAAUUCAUCGUAGCGGCUAAGGCAGCUGGGAAGACCAAGCUCGUAAUCGAUCUCUCUGCCAACGGCGGUGGUACGAUUCUUCAAGGUUACGACCUAUACAAACAGCUCUUCCCUAAGGGCAUUGGCCACGCCGCUUUCGAUCGUUACCGCGCGCACGAAAGUACAAAGCUACUGGCAGAGUACAGUUCUCGCCUUGCUGACGUCCUGCCUCGCGAACUCGUCGAUCCAGAUGUUAACGAGACCAAAUACGCAUUAGAGUCCGACGUCAUCGCGUCCCCCUCCAACUAUCUCUCUGACCUCAACGCGUCCGACCUGAACUUCCCCAGCUGGGAAGCAAAGUUCGGCCCGUUCGAACACCACGGCGACAAAUUCUCCAACCUCUUCCACUGGAACCUUUCCGACGUGCUCACGCCGUACAACAGCGGGGGCAUCUGGGUCCACGGCUACGGUGAGCUCGCAAACUACACGUCCGUGCCGCAGCCCUUCGCCAACGAGGAUAUCGUUGUAGUAACCGACGGCUACUGCGCAUCCACCUGCACCAUUUUCUCAGAGCUGAUGCGCCAGCGCCAAGGCAUCAAGUACAUCUCGCUUGGGGGCCGCGCAAUCAAGGGAAUCACACAGGCGGUCGGCGGCAUCAAGGGCACCAACAACUACCCCUGGACGUACAUUCAGUACCUCGCGGAGCUCACCAUCACGAACCUGACGGCCAGCGCGGAGGAAGCAACCAAGCUCAACGCCACCGAGCUCGGCGACUACUGGGACAAUGUCGUCUUCGAGCGCCAGGCGCCUGGCACCAGCGUCAAUGUAAAUUUCCGCGACGGCAUCCGCGACACUGACGAAACCGAGACGCCGCUGCAGUUCGUGUACGAGCCGGCCGACUGCCGCAUCUUGUACACCAAGGCGAUGACGGUGGACGUGACGGCGAUCUGGAAGGCGGUUGCGGAUUCGGCGUUUGGGGGUGAGAGUCACUGCGUUGCGGGGAGCCUUGGGGGAUACAGGACCGGUGGUCGCAGGGCGAAGAGGGAGUUGACGGUGCAGGAUAAGGCGAUGAGCAAGCGGAUGCAUGCGUGGAGGAGGGAGCUGCGGGCUGAGCAGUACCCGUUGGAUGUGUAUACUGAUUUGAAGGGCAUGGAUCUGACCAGGAGGGGCAUCAUGUGGCCGUGAAGAAGGUCUUACUUGAUCAUGCCCCGGCCGGUAAAAACGUAGGCCUUUCAGGACUUUGUCCUUUUAGUUAAUUCGAAAAAUGUGUCAGGCCUUCAAAA